GAGAUGUGGGCGAUGGCGCCGCGCACGCUGCUCCUGCUGCUGGCGGCCGCCCUGGCUUCGACCCAGACCCGCGCGGGCUCACACUCGAUGCGGUAUUUCCACACCGCCGUGUCCCGGCCCGGCCUCGGGGAGCCCCGGUACAUGGAAGUCGGCUACGUGGACGACACGCAGUUCGUGCGCUUCGACAGCAACGCGGAGAAUCCGAGAUACGAGCCGCGGGCGCUGUGGAUGGAGCAGGAGGGGCCGGAGUAUUGGGAGCGGAACACACAGAGAGCCAAGAGCAACGAGCAGACUUUCCGAGUGAGCCUGAGGACCCUGCUCGGCUACUACAACCAGAGCGAGGGCGGCUCUCACACCAUCCAGCGGAUGUACGGCUGUGACGUGGGGUCGGACGGGAGCCUCCUCCGCGGGUACACACAGUUCGCCUACGACGGCCGCGAUUACAUCGCCCUGAACGAAGACCUGAAGACGUGGACGGCGGCGGACAUGGCGGCGCAGAUCACCCGACGCAAGUGGGAGCAGGAUGGUGCUGCAGAGAGAGACAGGGCCUACCUGGAGGGCACGUGCGUGGAGUGGCUCCGCAGACACCUGGAGCUCGGGAAGGAGACGCUGCUGCGCUCAGAUCCCCCAAAGGCACAUGUGACCCAUCACCCCAGACAAGAAGGUGAUGUCACCCUGAGGUGCUGGGCCCUGGGCUUCUACCCUGCUGACAUCACCCUGACCUGGCAGUUGAACGGGGAGGAACUGACCCAGGACAUGGAGCUUGUGCAGACCAGGCCUUCAGGGGAUGGAACCUUCCAGAAGUGGGCAUCUGUGGUGGUGCCUCUUGGGAAGGAGCAGGAUUACACUUGCCAUGUGCAACAUGAGGGGCUGUCUCAGCCACUCACCCUGAGAUGGGAGCCUCCUCCAUCCACUGACUCUAACAUGGUGAUCAUUGCUGUUUUGGCUGUCCUUGGAGCUGUGGCCAUCAUUGGAGCUGUGUUGGCUUUUGUAAUGAUAAGAAGGAGAAACACAGAUGGACGAGGAGGAGACUAUGCUCCAGCUCCAGUGAUUGUUCAUGACUCUCAUUCUCUAACAUGAAGACAGCAGCCCGGAGUGGACUGAGUGACAGACAGUGUGUUCAGAUCCCUCCUGUGAUGUCCAGAGCCCUGAGUUCUCUUUAGACAACAGUGUCUGCUGUUCCCUGUGAUCCUAUGGACUCAAUGUGAAGAACUGUGGAGCUCAGCCUGCCCUGCACACCAGGACCCUGUCCCUGCACUGCCUGUGCUCCCUUCCACAGCCAACCUUCCUGGUCCAGCCAAACACUGGGGGACAUCUGCAUCCUGUCAGCUCCAUGCUGCCCUGAGCUGCAGCUCCUCACUUCCACACUGAGAAUAAGAAUCUGAAUGUGAACUUGAUUGUUAACAUCUUGACCUGAGGGUUGAUUGCUUGUUAAUUUCAUGGACUGAGAAUACUUAGAGUAUUUUCGAAGAAAUUAAUGGCAGAUGGAGAACCUUCUAGAAUCUGUGUCACUAAGUUGUGUGUAUCUGUUGUGACAGGAUGAGGCUGUGGCAGCUGAAUGUGAACAGGGCUGUGGUCAGGUGGACUCAGUUAUUUUUGAUGGGUCACUCCUGGGCUGUGUCACCUCAGGGCUCUGCUCUCUCCAUCACUAUGAAGCACAUGCUGAGAGUCUGUGAUCACAAGGACACAGGGAUGAGAGAUGAACACACAGAUCACAUCCUAUACCUCAGACCCUGAGCCUGGUUCUGUUCCCAGGAUUCUGUGUCUCCAGGGAUAAAGAUCAGACACCACAGUGGGGAUCCUUCGAUGUGCCAGGUGCACAAGAUAAGUCACACUACAUUUCCUCCUACCUAUUUGUUUUAGCUACCUACUAAUGAUGCAGUCUUGAAGCUGCCCUGGGCACUCCCUGUAGCCAUGCUACUGUUGUGGUUUCUUCUUUUUCUUUCCAGCGCCUUUUCCAGGGUUCUCAGGUGUCUGGUGUGAUCUGUCUGUUCAUCUCUCAGGAGCACAUCUACAGCUGAGAUUAUUGGUUUAGAUUUUUCAAAACCUAUUUUUAAUAAAAAUUCUUCAAUGCUCUA